UAUAUACCAUAUAUAUUAUACACACCCCCUCGAUACAAGUGCGGUCUAUUAGCUUGGCAAGAAGCUUUUGCCGACUGCAAUCAAUUGCAGUCGAGAACCAAUUAGCAGUCGAGUGUGAAAUGCUGCGCCCGUAGUCGCACAGAGCCCUGUCAAUCAUUCUUGCGCAUGCGUGAUCGCUAAACUAAAAACUCCGCCCGGUCAGUUUUUGCUUAUCUGGCGCUAUGGACGAGAAGGAGAUCUAUAGAAUGGACGAAUCGGAAGAGUUAAGCCCGUCGCCUCCUGUACCGAUCGUGAUUCCGGCACCGAAAGCUCUGACAUCUUUCAGCGUCACCGAUAUUUUGGACCCGGCAAAAUUUAAUGGAAAGUCUGAGCAAACUUGGCCAUGGAGAAGGUCCGCUUCGCCUCCUUCGGCGUUGGAUUCUGACGGUUGUGACGAUGAAGAUGAAAAAAGGAGUGAUAUGGACGAAAGUCCCAGUAAAUCGUCCGGAGGGACUUGCGGUGGAAAACCUCGGAGGGCUAGAACAGCUUUUACCUACGAACAACUAGUAGCCUUAGAAAAUAAAUUCAAAACAACUCGUUAUUUAUCGGUUUCGGAACGACUCAAUCUAGCUUUGGCUUUAAAUCUUACAGAAACACAGGUAAAAAUAUGGUUUCAAAAUCGACGAACGAAGUGGAAAAAACAAAAUCCAGGAAUGGAUAUAAAUACUCCGACUAUCCCUCCUCCACCCUUGCCGCCUGCCGCCCAUUUAUACGCCCAUACUCCGGCUUCGUAUUCACCUACUGCCACAUCUCUAUUAUAUACCCAUGCAGCUUUGGCUCCAUUCCUGCAUCUCCAUAGACCUACUUUACCUUAUGGUUCGUCGCAAUCGUCUAGUCCACCGACCCUGCCGUUUACGGCCUGAUAAAUUUCCCUCGUGUGUAUAAUAAACAACAAAUAAACACAUAUAUACAACGUAUAUAUGUAUCAUAAAUAUAAGUUCUAACUUAUAUGAAGAUAUGCCGCAUGCCAUUAUCAUUUAUGAACUGUUGGGUGAACACGUGCUGUUUAAAAUAUUUUAAAAAUUGUAAAUAUAUAGUUGCUAGUUUAUUAUAUAUAUAA